AUGAAGGAGUCCAGCUGCCACGACGCAAAGUUGGAGGCAUACUACAACACCGUACGUCGCAUGGAAAACAAGUUCGACGGGCUCGAGCUUAACCACAUCACGCGCAAGUACAACGUGGAAGCAGACGAACUGGCCAAGAUCGCGUUUGGGCGGACCACUAUUCCCCCGAACGUCUUCGCCCGUGAACUCGCUAUGCCAUCCAUCGAUUUGAAGAAUCCAGCGGAAGCCACCGAUGCAACCCCAGAACCCUCGGGGGCAGCAACUGCUGAGCCCUCAGCCGAAAACCCCUCGGUGGAGGAGUCCGAGGCCAUGGAAACAGAAACCGAGAUCUCCUCGGCGGACGAGGCUGAAGCGAUGCAGAUUGAUGAGGCCCCACCUUUGCGAGACUGGCGCGCCCAGUACCUCGACUGGAUGAACCGAGGGGUCAUACCCUCAGAUCGCGUGCAGGCACGGCGCAUCGUCAGGUGGGCCAAGUCUUUCGUCUUGAUCGACAACGAGCUGUACAAGCGCAGCCCCUCGGGAGUCAUGCAGCGCUGCAACCCCAUUCCCGAGGGAAGGGAGCUACUCUGGGACAUCCACAUCGGAAUCUGUGGUCACCACACGGCACCGCGCACCCUCGUGGGCAAUGCGUUCAUGCAGGGCUUUUACUGGCACACGGCAGUUGCCGAUGCCACCGAGAUCGUGCGGACCUGUGAGGGUGGCCAAUUCUACACCCGCUCCAAGUGA